AGACUACAGACAUAACAGCGACCAGACUCCAGCUAUGACAGAGUAUUUAACACUCCUGCUAGACUGUCCUGUUGUAAUCGCUGCCAUUUUCAUCUCUGGCAUUGGUGGGACAUUUCAAUAUGGAUUUGGUUUAUCUGUGAUGACUUCCCCAUCUGGUUUUAUAAAGGAGCUGGUGAACAGAACAUGUCUGCAGAGAUACAGCGUGUCCUUGGAGCCGUGGCAGGUUUCUUUCAUCUGGUCUUUCACUGUGUCUAUUUUCUGUAUCGGAGGCUUAGUGGGAUCACUGAUGGCUGGUCCACUGAUCACAAAAUUUGGGAGAAAGCGAUGCCUUUUGUUGAACAAUUUUGUGGCUAUAUUCGGAGCUGUGUUGAUGAUCUUGAGCCAAACAGCAACGUCCUUUGAGAUGAUCAUGGUGGCACGAUUGCUCUAUGGCAUCAAUGCAGGAGUCAGUCUCUCAGCACACACCAUAUACCUUGUUGAAUGUGCCCCCAAGAGGCUGCGAGGGAUGGUGGGCGUGACCGUCGCUACCUUCAUAUCCUUGGGGAAGUUCUGUGGUCAGCUGCUGGGGAUCAGCGAGUUGCUUGGUACACAGGAGAGAUGGCCCUGGCUGCUUGGUUUCAAUGGCUUCACUGCAUUACUCCAGCUCUCCACCAUGCCCCUCCUGCCAGAGUCUCCCAGGUUCUUACUGCUGGACAGAGGAGACCGCCAGGCCUGCGAGAAAGCUUUAAGGAGGCUAUGGGGCAACAAGGACCACAGCAUGGAGGUGGAGGAGAUGCUCGAGGAGAAAGCUGCCUUGCAGAACGUUCGCAGCCACUCGGUGAUGGAGCUGAUUCAGAACCAAACAGUCCGCUGGCAGCUCCUCACCAUCCUCGUCACCUUCACCGCACUGCAGCUCUGUGGCAUCAACGCUGUAUACUUUUAUUCUUUUGAGGUGUUUCGCGCGGCAGGAAUCCAGGAGCACCAGUUACGUUACACGGCCUUGGGAACAGGGAUGUGUGAGUUGUCUACCUCUGUAGCCUGCUUCAUGAUUAUUGAGAACACAGGCAAAAAAGUCCUGAUGCUCAGAGGAUACACGGGAAUGUCUGCCACAGUGAUCCUCCUCACCGUCACUCUGUACCUGCAGAGUAAGAUCUCCUGGAUGCCCUACUGCAGCAUGGUCCUCAUUUUCUUCUUCAUUUUCUUUUUUGCUAGUGGACCAGCUGGAGUAACAGCUCCUCUUCCAGGUGAAAUAUUUACUCAGUCAUUCAAAUCAGCUGCAUACACCAUUGCCUGUACUCUCAACUGGACAGGUCUGUUUGUGCUUGGGAUGCUCUUCCCUGUCUUAGUGGAGAAACUGGAUUACUUUUGUUUUUUUUUAUUCCUGUUUUUCUGUGUCGGCUGUGGGCUGUAUGUGAAGUUCAACGUCCCUGAGACUAAGAAUCAGACAGCGCUGGAGAUUGCUGCAGCGUUUCAGAAGAUGCACUGCAAAUCUGAAGAAUCGCAGAGUAAAAAAGACACUGAGCAGAAACUUAAGGGAGUCCAAAUAUACGAGACCCAAUUCUGAUUAUAUUCACAGAGGACGUCAAGUGUCAGACAGGAAACAUUUAAGACAAAGACAUCACUUUUCAUAACAUCACAUCACAGAUUCAUAAACUGUCUUCACAUUCAAGUGUACAUAAUGCAGCACUGUAAGACAACUUUAAUAAAAUAGUUUUUUAAAUUGUGACAAU